UCUUGAAGACGACAUUUCAGAUUCCAGGUGAAAAUGCACGGAAGAGUAAAAGUGAAAACGACUGAGCAGCAGGAGAAGGAGAAGAAGAUAGAACGAGAUGCAAAGCUGGCCGCCUAUAGAAAAGCUAUGGGUGUACUGUUGAGCAGAAGAGCAGAAGGAAAACUGGAUGAUCAGCAAUUAGUCAUAUCAGGACAGGUUCUCCAAGGAAACCCUGAUAUAUCAACUCUAUGGAAUAUUAGGAAGGAAAUACUUCUGCAUUAUAUCAAUCUAGGAACCCAAAAGGAAAAAGAUGUAGGAGAAGGAGAAAAAGGACAAGAAGAAGUGGAUUGUGGCAAAGAGGAAAAUGUCCCCAUGCACGACCAGGAUGAAAUGUUAUCCUCUGAACUAGAUUUAACCCAACAAUGUUUAAUUGCUAAUCCUAAGUCCUAUGGAGCCUGGCACCACAGAACCUGGUGUUUGGAGCAUAUGAUAAACCCAGACUGGAGCAGGGAGCUAGCACUCUGUAGAAAGUUCUUGAAGCUUGAUGAGAGGAACUUCCACUGCUGGGAUUACCGGAAGUGGGUUGCUGAUAAAGCUGGAGUAAAACCUCAGCAGGAACUAGAGUUUACCCUGGAGAAGAUCGAGGAAAAUUUCUCCAACUACUCUGCCUGGCACUACAGGAGCAAACUCUUGCCUCUACUCAACCCUGAUACCUCUAGUAUCCAGGAGGACCAGGUUCACAAAGAGUUGGAUCUAGUACAGAACGCGGCAUUCACGGAUCCUGCGGAUUCCAGUGCGUGGUUCUAUCACACGUGGCUUUUAGGCCAAGAAUCUGAAGGGUUGAAGAUAGUAUUUUGCAUGGUUGAAGAUGGUUGGCUUACAGUCUCUUUAACCAGCCCUGUACCCAGGGCUCACCUCGUGGUGAAAGUAGAUGGGUUACAGGUAGAACUAGACUGGCAGGCCGGUCAGGCUGAGCAGCAGGGAAACCGGUUUUUAACUCUUUGGAAAGCCAAGUUGAUCUCCUCCCCUGACUCCUGUUUAGAAAUAUCUAUCAGUAAUUCAUCUGUAACAUUUAGUAUAAGAGGAGGAGAAAGGCAGAUAGAGAGGGGAGAAGGAUGGAAAUCCCAGGAAAACCGGUUUGUAAAUAAACCGAACUUCAAAACAAACAAUAUUUUAAAACAGGCUCUUGGUAACUGUGAGGAUUUGUUGGAGCUUGAGCCAGAUUCAAAAUGGACUCUUUAUACCAAAGUUCUUAUUCUUCUUAAUCUAGACUCCAGGGAAACCCAUGAGGAGAUCAUUUCCUGCUUGAAGAGUUUGCGUGAAAUAGAUUUCAUGCGUCGGAAUUUCUACGCUGAUCUUGAGUUGCGUCUAACAAUGGAGUUUAAGAUAGAGAGCGGGAACAUUAACGCUAGCGAUCUUUUCCCCGAUAAAUAUCAUGCGCAGUAUCUCCCUGCCCUUACACAGAAAAUAAAUAAAUGAUUGUUAACUGUCAAAAUUAGAAGAAAAAAAAUUUCCAUGUGAUUUAUUAGA